AGAUAUCUACAGAAUUAAUUUAUUAAAAAAAGAAACACUCAACAUGCAAAAGUCUUGUGACGAGAACGAAGGAACAACCCAGAACACACCAAAGGCAGAUGAAGGCCAUUCUUCAGAAGAUACGCCACAGCAGGCAGGAGAAAAUCCUGAGGCUUCUGGAGAAAGUGGGGGCGAGGAAGCAGAUGGGAGCCUUAGAGGAGAGCCUGCUCAACCCAGCCUGGAGCCUAAAGAGGACACUCCCACAAGGCAUCUGAACCCAGAAGAAGUGAUAAGAGGAGUAGAUGAGUUGAAAAGGCUUAGGGAAGAGAUAAGAAGAGUAAGAAACAAGUUUGUGAUGAUGCACUGGAAGCAAAGACAUUCCCGAAGCCGUCCUUACCCUGUGUGCUUCAGGCCUUGAAAGCUUUUCUUUCUGAGAUUGAAAUCUGGCUGCUGCUUUCUUUCUCUUAGCAUUUUCUGAUGUAUCUUUGAACUUCAUUUUACUUUUA